AUGGCUAUUGCGGCGAAGGCAUCGUGGAUGGUAGCCAUGAGCGUGGGCACUGUGGAGGCGCUCAAGGACCAAGCGAGGCUUUGCCGCUGGAACUACGCGCUCAGGUCCAUCCACCGAGCUGCCAAGGCCAAGGCCACCGUCCGUGGUGGCGUCUCGCUGGGCACCGAGCAGCUUCUGGCCUCCACGGCUGCUGUGGCGGAGAGACGGCGAGCGACGAAGGCUGAGGAAGGGCUGAGGACUGUCAUGUACCUCAGCUGCCGGGGGCCAAAUUAG